UUAUAUCACUUUCAGGACAAAUAUUAGACACUGAUCCAAAUAAUUUAGCAAUCAAAUCUUUUUGCAAAUUUUUUGGAGAACAUUUGGCAGAUCUUGAAGCUGAGACGACAAAUCAGUCAAAGGAUUUGCAGGAUUUGUUUGAAAAUGGCCGGGAAUGUCAGAACAUGUAUCAAAUCUGCCAAGAAAUGUUAAACCACGUGGAUGACGAUAUUCUUAUGAGGAACGUGGAAGAAUUGGAAAUGGAAAAAUUCAAAACUAAUUAUUCUGUGAAUUAAUUUAUUCAUUUUAAGAAAAUAAAUCAAGAAAUUGGACAACUUGACAAGUCAAUGAUUGGACUAAAACAAUCCGUGGAUGCUUUCCGAUCAAAAUUACGCAAUUUCAGAGUUUUUGAGGAACCGUUUAAAGCUGUGAUUGAUUUAGAAAAGUCUAAAAUAAAGAAAGAACACAAUAUUGGCAGAAUAUUUGGCAUUGCUAACGAAAUUGAAAAACUCAACCAACUUUUUGAAACUGCUGAAGCCUCGGAAAAUCAAAUUGAAAAUUCCUUCAUAAAAAUAACCCAAACAGAAGAUAAAAGUGACAAAUUAGUCCAAUCUCAUCUAAAUGAUUUAACUCGACAAAUGGACAAGCAAUUCCAUAAAAUCAACAAUAUUAAAAAACUGGCUCGAGAAAUCACAGAAAAAUUAUCAGAAAAUGACUUUCUACUUAAAAAAGCUGAAGAUCUCGAGAAAAGAUUCGAGAUUUUUCGAGAAAAGAUCAAAGACAUUGAACGACAUUUUACGGAAGGGGAAUUAACCAUAGAAAAGAUUCUUACGCUGACUGAUCAAUUUGGACAAAAUAAACAAAGAAUUGUUGAAAAACACAAAAAAUGGGAAUUUUUGAGAGAAAAGUUCAAAACGGACAAAAAACGUUCAAACAAAAUUGAAGAAGCAUAUCAGCUUAUUGCACAAUUUUCCGAUGAAUUAGAUCAAUGUAAAUCAAAAAUUGAACAAUUGCAAACAAAGGCCAAAAAUAUUUCUCACAAACCACUUUCUUGUCUUCCCGAAGUGAUUUCAAGCUCACAAGUUUGUUAA